GCGCCGCCCUCUCGGUUCCCCCUCAGAGGCUUCCGUGCGGUUAAUUCGGAGCUAUCCGGUUUUAGGGUGAAGGAGCCUGCGUUAGGCUGGCUUGGAAAAAAAUAACAAUACUUGGUCUAUUCUUCAUCCAAUAAGUGGAAAAGGGGGUUCCGUUUUUUUUGCUGCCCGGCCCACCACACGCAGCCGGAAGGAAUCUUGCCGCAAUUUGGCCCAGAUUAUACGUUCUUUCGGGUGAUUGUAAAAGAAAAAAAAAGGAGAAAAGACCCGCCUAGCACCGCAUUGCUGUGUUUCGAUUAGCAUUGUGGGGAGCGAAGCGAAGGAGACGCGUGAGCGUGGACUGCAGAGCAAAAGCCCCUCCUGCGCCUCUUUUCAUCCCGCUAAAGCGGUGUUUCUCAACCUCGGUAACUUUACGACUACGGACUUCAACUCCCAGAAUUCCCCAGACAGAGAGAAAUUCUGGAAUUGAAGUCCACUCUUAUUAAAGUUUGCUGUGAUUGAGAAACAGUGCACUGCUGGGUCCCCGCUCCCCUCCCUUCUAUGAUUGAUGUAACUGGAAGCCCCCCCCCCUCAGGUCUUUCCCCAAGGAGGGAAAGGAUGUGAGGCGACCCAAAGAUCUUUAUGGGAGUGUGCUUUCAUGCUUGUUUAUUGUUACUGCAGAUGAGUGUCAGCUGCUAGGAGGAUUUUAAUGGGUGUAGGCAACUAGAAGGCUAGCUUGGUCCCAACGCAUUGCUGCCCAUGAGUAUUGGGGGGGGGGGGCUGUGCCAUCUGUCUUUUUCUCCCAGAAAAUGUACCAUUUCAAUUUGUUUCAAGCUGAGAAAAAAUAACCAGGUGAUUUUCAACUUUUUUUCAGGAACAAAAAAUGGAUGUGCUGAGCCACUUAUAUGUAAGGUCCGGCCUCUCCUCCUGGCUCAAGAAAGUGAAGACCCUUGAAACUUUAGCAUUUCAGAAGGAACCUUUUAUUGAACAGAAGUGAUAGCAGGACAAAGGAAAGCAGAUUCUGAGGUUUCCUCGGGCAAUACAGUUAGGAUAAAGGAAUUAGAAACCACUUCCUUCGGUCCAUGUGGAUUGGCCAAUCUGCAGGUGUGGAGAUGUUAUUGUAACUGCUUUCCUGAGAAUUGAUAAGCGCUUGUUCUCUGGGUCAUCUUCUGCAGGCUUCAGAAUGACACGAACCACAUGGCCCUCCCUCCCACACAUUCCGCAAAAGGUUUUAAAAAUUAAAGAUGUCUGUUAUGUACCAAAGGAGAAGGAGAAGGAGAAGAAGAAAGCCCAGACAAAGCAUGCAUCUCCUCUGCGAUCAAGAAAAUAAUGUAUACAUUCAGAGGAAGCUGCCUAGUAUUAUCCAAAGAUGGUAUUCUGCCAGUUUGCACUGGUUUGGGCAAACCAGUAGUGGUGGCGGCCGUGAGGCCCGCCCACCUACCCAGACAUCAUCACGGAUCUUCUGCACGCACACUCCUGCUACUGAACCGGUAGUGAAGAAAGAGGAUACCAUUACUGGUAUUAUCGCAUUUAUCUAGUUCAGUUUUGUCAACUCUGACUAGCAAGACCUCUUCAGGAUGUCAGGCUGGGCUUUUUAAUUAGUGGACUUUGAGACUGGAUGUUUUUUAAGCUGCAAGGAAUGACAUAGGGGAAGAAGAUGGCAAAGAUAGAAUCAUAGAAUGCUUUUCCCUGUAUGACAUCAGUGCUAUUGUUUAUACCAAAAUCCACGCAUAGAAUUAUUUUGCCCAUGAUUGCUGAACUUUACAAUUUAAUAAUAGCAAUUGAGCAGAGAGAAAUUACCCAUGAAGCUUUUGCCAAUUUAGAGACAACUGCAGAAGAAUUAGUAAAAGCUACAGAAGAACUUGGCUGUAUUGCUAGAAGGCUGCUGAAGAAUCUGAUGAUGAGGUCCUUGAGAAGGAGAUGGUGCCAGCAACCUCAAACUCUCCUGAUAUCAGGGAAAAACAUCCUUCUUGCUGUUCAGAAGCUUAUAAUUCAACCAAUGCUUGCAGUUCUGUAGAAGAAUUGGCUGUUUCUGCAAAAAAGGAUACUUGUGGGAACCAUAAAAGUUCUCUGGGCACAAGAGGAUUCUACCAUCAGGCGGAUAAUCCAAGCUGCUCGUGGCUAUUUGAUUGCCUGCUGAUGCUGGACUCUGCUAAAGAUGUAUCAGCGGUGCUAAGUGCUUCUCGCCCCUUUUCAGAGGCUCUCCUGUUACUCACCAAUCUGAUGGAAAAACUCCUUUGGGAUCUUAAAGAAUCUUUGCAGCGGAAACAUUUAGCUCAAACCCUGCAGACCCUUAAAAACAGCAUCCCUAUGUUGUUCACAGCAAAAGUCAGCCAGCUUCAGUAUCCCCAGGAGCAGCAAAUGAACCUCUCAAAAAAUUAUAUUUUUGACUUAGCAAAAAAUAGUGUAAAAAAAUUGAUAUCCCUGUUGAAGAGCAGCAUAGGAAGAACAAAAAAAUUGCAUGAAAGGUAUGGCCUUUUCCCCCAGCAUUUGCAUCAAUUUCUAGGCCUUGUGUCUAGCCCACAGCCAAUUCAUCUACGUGAAGAUAAAUUAAACUUACCUGUAGAAGUUCUAAUUUUCUAUUGCAUGCUGUUUGCUGAUUCAUCAAGAGCAACUCUAAAGCAAGAGCUAAUUCAACUUUGCCGUCAUUUACUGAAAUUCAGAAAAGUGAUUGUCGUGGAUGAAAGCACAUUUAAUGGCUUUCCAAAAGAAUAUAUAAAAGAGGAAUGUUUUGCCAUGAAAACUGAACUGGAACAUCUUAAUCAAGUAAUAGGUUCUGCUGUUAUCUAUCAGAUUUUGGAUAUUUGGUUGACAUUAAAGGCCCCAUGAGGAGACUGAUAGAAGCUGCUGUGGAGCCAUGUUCUCAUGUGGAAAGGAAGGCCACCUAAGAAAAUUGAAACCUUUGAUUACCACAUUCUUCAGCCAUUCCACGCAGAUGCUUAAAGCAGCCAAUUUGAUUCUUGUUACAUGCACUGAAAGGGAAACUGUUGAAGAUAUUGAACAGUGUAUAGACCAAUUUAAUAGACUUCUUGCCUCAGUGCCUGGUCUCCUGAGUGACUGAGCCUUUUUCCAGGAAAUGGUGAUGUGUCUAAAAAAUUAAACUUCUUGUCUCAGUAUGGUCAAGCACAGCAGAAAGUUUGAUGAUGUGUUUGGACAAAAACUUGAUUUGCAUGAAUUCCUUGAUGCAUCUGUUCAAGAGAUGGUGAGACACAAAGAGGCAAGUGAAAAAGCUUAGAUAUGCAGCACUUCGAACAUUUUUUGGGGCACACGUCUAGAUUGUGCAGACAAGCAACACAGAUAGUUGAGUUUUCUAGUAGAUUUGGGGCCCAGCCAGAGAUCCCAUUUUCCGGAAUGGGCUCUUGGUUUUAAUUAAACAACUGAAAAAUGCCAUAACACAGGCAGAACUUAGCAUAAAUUGGUGUAUGGCAGAAUGACCAGUCUGCAAGCUAAAGAAGAAUAUUCAAAGAGGACAAGGGAAUUGAUAGAGUUUGCUUGUAAUGUCCAAAAGGGGCUAGAUGAAUGUAAUCAGCCAGAUAUUCUUAGUCCACUUCGGGAUGGUGUCCAUGAUUUCAAUAUUUCCAUAGAUAUUCCAAAUGCCCUUACUUCACAGGAUCCUAUGGAAUUUAGUACACAAAGUUUCAUAAAACAAAAUAGUUCAAUAAUGCAGAAUUGCUGGUUGCUCUUUGGACAAAUUUAAACCAUCCUAUUGUCCUUCUCCAAAAUUUCCCAGAAGAAAUAUUAUAUACCAGAAAGACUGCAGUCAGAAGAGUUGAUUACACCCACU